UCUUCCUGCAGUCUGCAAACCCACGGGAAGGAAGACGCACCAGCGCUGCAGCCUGGGCCGGGCUGAGGCCGCUGCUGAAAUGAAAUUAAAAUGAAAAUCUCGACUGCCAGCUUGAAGAAUUGCACCUCCGGACUCUGUGGGGAUUUCUCAUUAGCCUGCGCUGCUUUCUGUCGGGGGAAAGAAAUAGCAUUUCAUGUAGCUGCUGAGGACCUGCUCUGAGACUCAGCACACAGAGUCAAGGGGGCCCUGUGAUGAGGAGGUCCUGUGUGAAAGCUGAGCUGCUUCUCAUCAUCUGAAUGCUGCUGUGUCUCAAGAUGGACUAGAGAGCAGUGGCUCCAAUAGUCAAAGGCGGCUGUGACCGGGGGACUCCCAGGGCAGGACCCAUGAGGAGUCAUAGAAGAUGCUCGCAGCCUGGGCGCGUCUGCUCCUCGUAGCCAUGUGGAUGAGAAGCACCUCCAGCCACCCUCUGUCCUUGCGGAUCGCUGCCAUCUUGGAUGACCCCAUGGAGUGCAGCCGGGGCGAGCGCCUGGCCAUCACCCUGGCCAAGGAGGGCAUAAACCGAGCCACUAAUCGCACGACCAUGGGCAAGCUGGAAGUGGACAUCUUUGAGCUCCUGAGGGACAGCGAGUAUGAGACGGGAGAAACCAUGUGCCAGAUCGUCUCCAAGGGUGUGGUUGCUGUCCUGGGCCCCUCGGCCAGCCCGGCUUCCAACUCCAUCAUCAGCAACAUCUGCGGUGAGAAAGAGGUGCCUUAUGUGAAGGUGGCCCCUGAGGACAUCCUGAAGGUGCAGUUCCCACGCUUCACCACCCUCGACCUAAGGCCCACCAACACUGACAUCAGUCUGGCUGUGGCCGGCCUCCUGGGCUUUUUCAAUAGCACCACGGCCUGCCUCGUCUGCGCCAAGGCUGACUGUCUACUCAACCUCGAACGACUACUACGCCAGUUCCUCAUCUCCAAGGAAACCCUGUCAGUGCGUAUGUUGGACGAAAGCCAGGACCCCACACCGCUCCUCAAAGAAAUCCGCGAUGAUAAAACUGCCACCAUCAUUGUGGAUGCCAACAUUACCAUGUCUCACAUCAUUCUGGAAAGAGCCUCAGACCUGGGGAUGCUCAGCAUCUACUACACCUACAUCUUCACAUCACUGGAAUUCUCUCUGCUGCAGUUGGACGACAUUGUGGACCAACGAGUCAACAUUGUGGGCUUCUCAGUGUUCAACCGCACGCACCCCUUUUUCCAGGACUUCCUCCUCAGCCUUAACCGCUCCUGGCAGGAGAACUGCGACCACGCGCCGUUCGCAGGGGCACCGCUUUCUUCGGCACUCAUGUACGAUGCGGUGCACGCUGUGGUGGCUGCCGUCCAGGAGCUCAACCGCAGCCAGAACGUAGGCGUCACGCAGCUCUCCUGCAAGUCCUCCAAGAUCUGGGAGCAUGGCACCAGCCUGAUGAACUACCUGCGCAUGGUAGAAUUGGAAGGCCUCACGGGUCACAUCGAGUUCAACAGCAAGGGACAGCGUGCUAACUACGCCCUGAGGGUGAUGCAGAGCACCAAAGAUGGGCUAAGGCAGAUCGGGCAGUGGCACUCGGAUCUGGGACUGUCCAUGGAGAGGAAGCUGCACUCUCCGAACGCCACAGACACUCUGCGCAAUGCCACACUCACUGUCACAACCAUCCUGGAGAACCCCUAUGUGAUGCUGAGGAGGAACCACCAGGAACUGGAUGGCAACGAGCGCUACGAGGGAUUCUGCGUGGACAUGCUGCGUGAGCUGGCUGACAUCCUCAAGUUCAACUAUCGCAUCCGCCUGGUGGGCGAUGGAGUGUACGGUGUGCCCGGGGCCAACGGCACCUGGACAGGAAUGGUGGGCGAGCUCAUCUCCAGGAAAGCCGACCUGGCAGUGGCCGGGCUGACCAUCACAGCGGAGAGGGAGAAGGUCAUCGACUUCUCCAAGCCUUUUAUGACCUUGGGCAUCAGCAUCCUGUACCGAGUGCACCUGGCCCGCAGACCAGGCUACUUCUCCUUCCUGGACCCCUUCUCCCCAGGAGUCUGGCUCUUCAUGCUGUUGGCCUACCUGGCCGUCAGCUGCGUGCUAUUCCUUGUAGCCAGACUUACCCCAUAUGAGUGGUACAAUCCCCACCCCUGCCAAAGGGGACGGUGUAACCUGGUCAUCAACCAGUACUCCCUGGGCAACAGCUUCUGGUUCCCCGUGGGAGGGUUCAUGCAGCAGGGCUCUGCCAUCGCUCCCCGUGCUCUGUCCACACGCUGCGUUAGCGGAGUCUGGUGGGCCUUCACGCUGAUCAUCAUCUCCUCCUACACGGCCAACCUGGCUGCCUUCCUCACCGUGCAGAGGAUGGAGGUGCCCAUCGAAUCGGUCGACGACCUGGCCGACCAGACGGCCAUCGAGUACGGCACUAUGCACGGUGGCUCCACUAUGACCUUCUUCCAGAACUCACGGUAUCAAACGUACCAGCGCAUGUGGAACUACAUGCAUUCCAAGCAGCCCAGCGUGUUCGUGAAGAGCACGGAGGAAGGCAUCGCCCGCGUGCUCAACUCCAACUACGCGUACCUGCUGGAGAGCACCAUGAACGAGUACUACCGGCAGCGCAACUGCAAUCUCACGCAGAUCGGCGGCCUGCUGGACACCAAGGGCUACGGCAUCGGCAUGCCACUGGGCUCAGUGUACCGGGACGAGUUUGACUUGGCCAUCCUCAAGCUGCAGGAGGACAACCGCCUGGAGAUCCUGAAGAGGAAGUGGUGGGAGGGGGGCAAGUGCCCCAAGGAGGAGGACCAUCGUGCCAAAGGGCUUGGCAUGGAGAACAUUGGCGGAAUCUUCGUGGUGCUGGUGUGCGGCCUGCUGGUGGCCAUCUUCAUGGCGGUGCUGGAGUUCGCCUGGAUGCUGCGACACUCGCACGGGACCGAGCUGUCCAUGUGUGAGGAGAUGCUGCAGGAACUGAGAGGGAUCGUCACGUGCCAGGACAGCCUGCAGCUGCGGAGGAGGAGGUGCCCGGGGGGCCUGCGGGCACGGCCCCUGCUCCCCGAGGACCCCGGCCGGGCCCGGGCUGCGGCGAUGGCAGCCGUCAGCCUCAGCAACGGCAUGGUGUGCGGGGCGGGGGCCCCCGAGCCGCUCUCCCACAGACUGGCGCAGGAAGCCGCCCUGGUGGCCCGGGGCUGCGGCCACGUCCGAAUCUGCCCCGAGUGCCGGCGCUUCCAGGGGCUGCGGGCACGCGUGGCGGGAGCUGCCGGGGCCUCGCCCGUCCAUAGCGAGGGCAGCUUCGAGUGGGAGAAGGCGAUUGAUGUUAGCGAACCCGAGUAAACCCGCCAGCCACCGCUGGUCCCUCACUUGUUGCCCCGGCCAUCUCCCCCCGGGAAGAGGGGCGCUUGGAGGCAAGUGGAGAACCACAGCGGGGUCGCCCACUUUGGGUGUUGCAGGAGAUUCGGGAGGCUCUCCGGCGUCCCCUCGGGACGAUGCUGCCACAGAAGAAGCGGACGCAUUGGCCUGGCGAAGAAGGGGUGGAGACUCAGCUGUGUGCCAGGACCCCUUCACUGAGCUUGUGAGGGGCAUCGUACUAUGCAGAAUCUUUCUGGCUUUUUUUUUCUUCAUUGUGUUUUUAAUUAUUAUUAUUUUAUAUUGUUUAUUAUCAUUCAGAUGAUACCAGUUAUCUGUGUUAAUGUUGUUUUGAGAUCUUGGUGAUGGCAUAAUUGCCAUUUUCUUUCUUUUUUUUUUUUUUUUUUUGUUUAAACAAACUAUGGACACACUUUCCUGUAAAGAACUGCUGAAGUAGAAACGAAAAGACUUCAAUCCAAAUCAGUCCUUCAUGUUACUCUAUUUUAAGUGCCAAAAACUGUGUGUAAACUCCGUGCUGUGGAACCUAAUGCCGUCGCAGCCCUGACUGAAUGACAACAGCGCGAAUAGAAGAACGAUGUGCAC